CCUUGGACUCCAAUCAGACAGUCAACGCGAACCGAUUCCGAUCGCAGAAACCCCCACUUCUGCCGACUCCGGCGGCUUCUCCGUCGUGGGAUCGGCCAUCUAGGUUGGCUCUCUCGUACUUUAGGUGGCGAGGAUUUCCGAUUUCGAGAAAGCAAUGGCAACUGAUUCUCCGAGUUCAGCUCGAAAAGUUGUUGUUCACUUGAGAGCCACAGGCGAUGCUCCGAUUCUGAAGCAAGCCAAGUUCAAGAUACUUGGAACGGACAAGUUCGCUAAAGUAAUUGACUUCCUGCGUCGCCAGCUUCACCGUGAGACAUUGUUUGUUUAUGUCAACAGUGCAUUUUCACCCAACCCGGAUGAAUUGGUGAUUGAUUUGUAUAAUAAUUUCGGUUUUGAUGGUAAGCUCAUUGUCAAUUAUGCAUGUUCGAUGGCAUGGGGUUGAUUAUCAGCAACAUAUUCGCAAACUGCCUGUGAAUAUGAUGAUGCGUCAUACAGGUAAUAACCAGUGAUGGGUUACAUCACUUACCUAUCAUUGCAUCAUAUUUCUUAGAUUCACAUGCUGAUUCGACCUCGACCGUCUAUGAUCUUGACUGAUAAGACCCAUGUGCAAAAUCUUAGGUAUGAAUGUUAUUUCACAUCAUCAAUGUUUUAUCACAAUCUGGAAAUUUAAGGCUACAUUUGUUGCUCUUGCUAUGUUGUGAGAAAACUUUGUUUUGAUAUUUUCAUUGUAUAUGCUCGAGCAAUUGGAAGGCGAUAUCAUCCAUAUGAUCACUCUCUCAUUAUUUUGAUGUAAUAGGAUUAAAGAAACUACGUUUACAAUUUACA